UGUUCUUUUCCCAAAAGAUGAUGUAAUAGUCUGAUGUCCAAUCACCAAAGAGCUGUUUUGGCUGGCAAAUAUUUAUUGUGUGCAUAGUGUCUUUUCAGUCUUUCAGAGAGACAGAAUCCUACUUCUCCACCUCUCAACAGUGCUGAGCAUUGCCCACAACAAUGAUAAGUCACCACAGAAUCACUCUGCUUCUGUUGCUUCUGCACUGUUGCUACAUCCGUGGCUGUCCUUCCCAGUGCCAGUGCUUCCUGGGGUCAAAGGUCAUAUGCUCUGAGGAGCGAAUGUACACAUUUCCUCAAGGUCUUUCCCUUCAGGUGAGAGAGCUCAUCAUCAUAACCUCUGGCCUCACAAGCAUACCCUCUAACAGCUUCCUGGGCAGCCCUCAGCUAACAAAGCUGGCAAUCAUCAGCAACCCUCUGAGGGGUAUCUCCCCUCUGGCCUUCAGUGGCCUCACAGAGCUGGGGGACCUGGAGGUCAGCGGAAACACUCGGCUGGAGGCUGUACAGCUUGGGACCCUUGACCAUUUGGGCAACCUCACUAGACUCCUCCUGAACAACAACGAGCUGCUGAUACUGGAAAAGGGGCUGUUUGAUCAUCUGCCCAAACUGGAGACUCUGGAGAUAAGGGGCAAUGCAUUUAUCUGGCUACCUGCUUCACUCUUUGGCAAACUUCAAAACCUCCACUCCCUGGAUGUGUCCAUGAAUAAGAUCACCUCAGUGGAGGCCACUCUGUUGAGUGACCUGACACAGCUGCAAUCCCUCAAGCUUGGCUAUAACCAGAUUAGCUCUCUUCCAUCAGACAUGUUUAAAUAUGUUCCAGGGCUAAAGGAGCUCAGUUUGCAGAAUAAUAAUAUCUCAAACCUGCCAGAGGGACUAUUCACUUUCCUAAAUAAAUUGGAGGAACUUAACCUCCGAGAUAACCAACUGACUGAUGUGAGGGCUGGCACAUUCCCCUCCACUCUGAAGGAACUCAACCUGCAAGGGAACCACCUCACCUUGCUGUCACUGGAAAAUUUACCUCUUCUUACAGAUCUGGUACUGUCAAAAAAUAGGUUCACGGAUCUUCCAAGUGACCUUCUCAAGAACGUAACUUCACUGGAACAACUGGAUCUAUCUGAAAACCAGCUCUCAUCUCUACCUGCCACCCUUUUCUCAGGCCUCUCAAGAAUAAUUUCCAUCCACCUGCACAAAAACAACCUGACCUCUUUGGAGCCUGAUGUGUUCCAAGACCAGGUUGACAUGGAGCGACUGACUCUGUCUCAGAAUCGACUGCAGAACCUUCCCCAUGGCUUCUUUGAACCAUUUCUGGAAACAAGGAAUGUGAUCACUCUCCGUGGUAACCCGUGGAAUUGCGACUGUAACUUCUCAUAUCUGUAUACCUGGCUGGAGUUUGGAGGUUACCUGGUUGAGGAUCUAGGUCGGACCUAUUGCAAAGGUCCUGCUGCUUUGAAAGGACAGAGCUUGAUGUCUGUAGAAAGAGACCAGCUGGUAUGCUCCAAUAACUCUACCAUACCUAAACCUGUUCCAGCAGACUCCCUCCAACCCCUUGACAAGGAAACCUUUGCACCAAAUCAAACUAAUCAAUGCAUCUUGCAGAAAAACAAUGAUGUUUACUCCAUAAAAUGCACAGUGACAAAAUGUUCUAAUCUUAAGAUUCAGGCCCAUAUUUAUGGUCCUGAUGGAAGCACAACAAACUAUAUUUUGAACAAAGAGUGGUCUGUUACCCAAUGUGUAAAUGGCACCAGGACACCCGAAGUUUGAAUAUUGUUUGUAAAGUUAUUUUCAAUCACACUAUAUCUGUGAUGGUGGUGAAAACCAGCAAAAUGUCACACAUGUAAGCUAACGAAGUACUUGCAUUAUGUUUAAAGUCUACCUGUUAGUAAAAUGCCUCUGACAUUAA